AUGUCAGCCGCAGUAAAUCAGAGAUAUCCUGGCACUCUUCCAAGCAAUAUAGUGGUAAAUCCCAGAAAUGAUAGUCAAUGCCAUGCCAUAACCACUCGGAGUGGUAAGGUUACUACAGCUCCACCUGCGCUCACAACUAAUGAGUGGAAAAAGGCAUUGGAGCAGAUGCCAGGUUUUACAAAGUUCAUGAAGGAUUUGAUCACCAAGAAGAGGUUAGUUAGCUGCGAGCCAGUAGAUAAUAUUUAUCAUUGCUGUGAUGUGGUUACUAGAUCUCUGGUAGAGAAGAAGGAUAACCUUGGAACUUUCACAAUACCAUGUACAAUCAAGUCUUUCAACUUUAUUCGAGCACUAUGUGAUCUGGGGGCUAGUAUCAAUCUCAUGGCCUUGGCUGUAUUCAAGCAGUUAGGGUUGGGAGCUCCCGAACCAACCACUAUGAGACUAGUUAAAGUUAACAGAAUAGUUAAGAAGUCUGUUGGUAUCCUUUAUAAUGUUUUGCAGCCUAACAAAUUGAGAGUGGUGUCUAUGAUUGAUGUGGAUGAUGAAGAGGCAAAUUCAUUCAAUAAUGUUAAUGUUGUGGCUUUGUCAGAUUGUGGUUCUGAUGUAGUUGUUCCUGUUUAA